UCUCAGGAUGAAGUAAGCAUGGUCAAAGCGACCAGCAGUGCACUUGCGCUCAGAAACAGCUCCUCUAGCAGUGGGAAUGGCGAGACAUCUUCUUUCCCCUGGACUGUCACUGUACUGGCCAGCGUGCUUAUAACCACCAUAGUGGUGGACGUGCUGGGAAACCUCUUGGUCAUCGUUUCUGUCUUUAGAAACAGGAAACUCAGAAAAGCAGGAAAUGCCUUUGUGGUGAGUUUGGCCGUAGCAGAUCUUGUAGUGGCACUUUACCCGUACCCCCUGGUCCUGACCGCAAUCUUCCACAAAGGCUGGAUCGCAGGAAACAUUCACUGCCAAAUCAGCGGCUUCCUAAUGGGUCUCAGCGUCAUCGGAUCCAUCUUUAACAUCACAGGCAUCGCCAUCAACCGCUACUGCUACAUCUGCCACAGCCUCACCUACGACAAACUCUUCUCCAACAAAAAUACCAUCUGCUAUGUGGUGCUGGUGUGGGCGCUGACUAUCCUGGCCAUCACGCCCAACUGGUUUGUAGAGUCUUUGCAGUACGACCCAAGGGUCUACUCUUGUACGUUUGCCCAGUCGGUCAGCUCGCUCUAUACCAUCACAGUAGUGGUGGUGCACUUCAUACUGCCCAUAAGCAUCGUCACAUACUGCUACCUGCGCAUCUGGAUCCUUGUCAUUCAGGUCCGCAAACGCGUCAAGCCAGACACCCGACCAAAGAUCAAACCACAUGACUUCCGCAACUUUCUGACAAUGUUUGUGGUGUUUGUGUUGUUUGCGGUGUGCUGGGCACCUCUAAACUUUAUUGGUCUGGCAGUGGCUAUUCAACCCAGACUAGGCCAGGGUAUUCCUGAGUGGCUCUUCACAGCCAGCUAUUUCAUGGCUUAUUUUAACAGCUGCCUAAAUGCAGUCAUCUAUGGGGUACUGAACCACAAUUUUCGGAAGGAGUACAAAAGAAUUGUGCUGGCCAUUUUUAAUUAUCGUUUUUAG